UCGACCGUCAUUUGCCGGUGUGCCAUCAAACGAGAUGCUUCUCCUCGCGUUCUUCCAGGCGACUCUUCUUGUGGAGAUCUUUGUAUUCCUAUUUUUCUUCUUCCCGUCGAUUGUCGUUUACGAGAAAAUGACGAAGAGAUUGAGUCAGAGCAACGCGUUUGGUACAGCCAUCGGAUCUUGUGUUCCUGAUCCUGGAUGUGGAGUUUGCCGAAGUAUGACAACAGAAGGCGGUACUAUCGAAUCGUUGAACUUUCCGAACGAAUACCCGCCAGAUUUGAACUGCCUCUUUACAAUUGAAUCGCCUUCGUACACAACUAUUCAAUUGACUUUUACUACAUUCAACGUGGAAAACUGUUGCGACUUUGUCUCCGUUUUCGACGGGACCAGUGAUCCACUUCAAGUCGGCCUAAACGGCUACACUCUUCCGGAUAAAUCGACGUCGACGGGCACCAAGAUGACAAUCAAGUUCACCACCAAUUCUGAUAACGCCCAAGUGCCACCGGCGAACGCACCGGGCCGAUGGCAGGCCACUUACACGUUCCAAGGUUCCCAAAAUCGCUUCAUUCUUUCAGAUGACGAAAUGAAAAAUCAAACAGCACUUAACGAACUAUAGAUUUACUUCGGAUUUAUUUAUUAAAAUCAGUUAUUUGUAUCCUAUUAUACCGCCCUUUCGACUAUACUGCUCUGUGUUAUAAACGCUUGAUUGUUUGAUUUGCGUUACGGAAUUCCUGUGUUACGUAUACAGGCACCUGUACAGUAUAGCGGCGUAUAAUGUUACGGUUAGCCUUGAAAUUUUUUACGACAGCAAUAAAUGUUUUGAAUUGUUUUCAUGUAUAUAAAUGACGUGUCAAUACAACGGUUAUUUGAA